CAAACUUUUCGGGCGUGGCCCAAAACCAGAGGCGCCGGCAUCCAGCGAGCGCCCUCCUCUGUGGAAAUCGUGUCCUGCUCGCCCGCAAUAAUGGCCAGCCUUGCUCGCUACUCCGUCACCAUGAGCGGCCUGAUGGCUCGCCCCUCGGCUGCCCUGAUGGUUCAGCCCGCGCGCCAUAUCCACCGCCUGAUCAUGGACGACAAGAACAAGCUUUCAUCCUUUGACCACAAGACUGCUCCCCUGCAGCCCGUCAACCCUUACAACCUCCCGACGGUCGCCAACAAUGCUGCUGAGGUUGUUUUGACCACGCUCGACGGCCUCAUCAACUGGGCCCGAACCUCCUCCAUCUGGCCCAUGACCUUCGGUCUCGCGUGCUGUGCCGUCGAGAUGAUGCACAUGGCUGCUGCCCGCUAUGACCAGGAUCGCCUGGGUAUCGUUUUCCGUGCUUCCCCCCGUCAGUCCGAUGUCAUGAUCGUUGCUGGAACCCUGACCAACAAGAUGGCCCCGGCUUUGAGAAGGGUUUAUGACCAGAUGCCCGAGCCUCGAUGGGUCAUCUCCAUGGGAAGCUGCGCCAACGGCGGUGGCUACUAUCACUACUCGUACUCGGUUGUUCGCGGCUGCGACCGCAUCGUCCCCGUUGACAUCUACGUUCCUGGAUGCCCUCCCACUGCCGAGGCCCUGUUGUACGGCGUCCUGCAGCUGCAAAAGAAGAUGCGCAGAGAGCGAGUCACUCGCAUGUGGUACAGAAAAUAAGCCACGCCCUCCGCCUCUGGAUAUCACGAAUGCAUACCUGCUUGUUGUUGCGUUACAGCAAGCUGUAAUACAGCUUACUAUCAAAGAGCUGCCAAAGCGAUGAAGUUUCUUGCCCACGAGC